AUGCAAACCAAGGGUAAUACAGACGUCCUACUUGGCGAAACCUUCCGCGUUGGAGUAAGAACACCCCCGUUCAAUCCCAGCGACCCAGAACUAUGGUUCGCGCAGAUAGAAGGACAGUUUAUACUGUCCAACAUCAGCACAGAUGCCACAAAAUUCUACUUUGUGCUAGCACAGCUGGAACCACAACAUGCAGCUGAGAUUCGCGACCUGGUCGUCUCUCCACCAGCUUCUGCCAAGUAUGACACCAUAAAAGCUGAAUUAAUACGGCGACUGUCAGCAUCAAAGGAGCGCAAAAUAAAGCAACUGCUAAUGCACGAAGAAAUGGGCGAUAGAAAACCAACCCAGUUUCUGCGACACCUCCAACAUCUGGCCGGACAAACAGUGCCUCCAGAUUUCAUUAAGACCAUCUGGACCAGUCGCCUACCCACUCACUUGCAGACUUGUAUCGCGGCCCAACAAGAAAAAAUGGCGUUGGAGGACCUCGCAGAAUUGGCGGAUCGGGUGCACGACGUCGUUCCAGUGACCAUCCCAGGGCCAAACCAAGUGGCUAGCACGUCAGAACCUACGACUCAAAUCGAAGAUAACGCGAUUGAAGCACUAACACGGACAGUCGCGGAACUCAGUCGUAGGGUGGAGGCUAUGAGCGUAAACUUCGAGAGAAACAGCCGCUCGCGCUCCAUAACAAGAAACGCCAGAGAUCGCCCCCGUUCACGUUCUCGCCCUAUUGACCACCCACACUGUUGGUAUCACUACCAUUUCGGUGAACGAGCACGUAGAUGUACUCAACCCUGUACCUUCAAGAAGUCGGAAAACUAUCAAGGCAGCCAUUAG